UCACGAACGCCGAAUCUGUUUCCGAAUCAACUUUGACCCUGUGCUAGCACGCUGUAGUUUCUGCUUUGGAACAACUGGGCACAGCGUGGAUAAUGCAGUUUAAUUAAGAAUACACAUGAGAGGGGUUUACUUGUCUGCCUGAACAGUACUGAAUCCAACACAACUACAUGAUGGGGAAACCGCCAAAAAAGAAGAAUAUCUCCGAUAAGGUUCGUAAGGCUAAAACGUCCAAAGAGAUCAAAAACAACCCGUUCGAGGUGAAAAUCAAUCGGAAAAAGUUUGACAUUCUCGGGCGAAAGAGUAAGCAUGACGUCGGCCUGCCAGGUGUAUCCAGAUCUAAAGCCAUUAACAAGCGAAAAGAGACACUGCUGAAAGAGUACAAGACAAAGGACAAGUCCAAUAAAUUCAUAGACAAACGGUUUGGUGAAUAUGACACCAAGAUGGACCCAGAGGAGAAAAUCCUUCAGAGGUUUUCCAUGGAGAGACAGCGCACCCAGGACAAGAAGAACAUGUACAACCUGAAUGAGGAGGAGGAAUUGACCCACUACGGCCAGUCUCUGGCUGAGAUGGAGAAACUUACAGACAUGGUGGACAGUGACGAUGAUGCUGAUGAGAGAGGACUGCUCUCAGCCGAGAUGACUGCAUCUCACUUUGGAGGAGGAGGCCUGCUGAUGAAGAAGACUCCAGGAGAGCAGGAUGAAGGAGGAAAACAGAGAGCCAAGUCCAGACAGGAACUUAUAGAGGAACUAAUUAUCAAGUCCAAACAGGAGAAGAGGGAGAGGCAGACCCAGAAGGAGGAGUCCCAGGUGCUGACAGAGAAGCUGGACCAAGACUGGAAGAGCAUACAAGGGCUGCUUGCUCAUAAGAAUGCCCCCAAGGCUGACCGAGCCGAGGACGAGGACAAGCCCAAGCUGGAUGAGUAUGACAUGAUGGUGCGUGAGCUGGGCUUCGAGAUGAAGGCCGCGCCCUCUGAGAAGCUGAAGACCCCAGAGGAAGUGGCCAGGGAGGAACAGGAGCGCCUGCAGCAACUAGAGGCUGACCGGUUAAGGAGGAUGAUGGGAGAUAUAGUGGAAGACAACACCAAGGCACCGACUCACAUGUCAGCUGAUGACAUCAAUGACGGCUUUGUCCUGGAUGGAGAUGACAGACAGACUCUAGCCUAUCAGGAUGGGAAAUGGAACAUCAACGAGGAAGGGGAGAAGAUAGAGGGAGAGGAAGGUGAAAAAGAAGAGAGUGGCGAGGAGGAAGAAUCUGAUGAGGAGGAAAGUGAACAGGAGGGCGAAGAGGAUGGAGAGGGCAGCGAGGAGGACAGCCACUCAGACGUGAACUCUGAGGAGGAGAGCGAGGAAGGAGGGGAGGAGGAGGAGGAGGAUGAACAGCCUGUAGCCGUACCCCAACUGAGUGAGAAGGUCCAAGCAGAGGCAGCUAAAAUAGAACUGCCCUAUACCUUCACAGUUCCAGAGUGUUACCGUGAUCUGAAGAGCCUUCUGCAGGGUCAUCCUGCAGACCACCAGUGCAUCAUCUUGGCCAGGACGCAGCAGUGUAACCACCCCAGUCUGGGUAUAGGCAACAAACUCAAAAUACAGAAAUUGUUUGGCUUCCUGCUUGAGUAUGUGGGAGAGUUGGCCACCAGGAGUCCACCAGAACUUUCCACGAUAGACAAACUGAUACCGCAGCUGUAUGACCUUUGUCAGCUCUUCCCAGAAACGGCCUCGAAGGGAUUGCAGACGACCCUGGGGGAUGACGCUCACAGCAUGGAAGAGGUUCUGGAGGUCAAGGGUCGUACUGCUUUCCCGAAACUAGACAUGCUAAUUUACCUGAAGAUCACGGCGUUGCUGUUCCCCACCUCAGACUUCCGCCACCCUGUCACUACCCCGGCCCUUUUGUACAUAAGCCAGGCCCUCACCAAGUGCCCCGUGACAUCACUGAAGGAUUUGACAUCAGGCCUUGUUCUGUGCUGUCUGGCUCUUGAGUACGUCUCCUUCUCUAAGAGGUUCGUUCCCGAGCUCAUCAACUUCCUGUUGGGAGCACUACACCUGGCCGUGACGGACAAGACCACUGGUUACUCGGUGGUUCCUCCCUUCAGGCGGAGCGGUAAGGCCAGUGACUUGUUGGUGCUGUCAUCCCCCGAGUCCAGCCAGACGUGGUGCAAGAAGACCCUGCCUCUGUCUGCCACCCAGACACUCACUCUGACCUCCGACCUGGAGUCCGACCACUACCGGCUGUCGAUUCUGGCCACCUGUCUGGACCUUCUGAAGCGCUGUUUCUCGCUCUACAGAGAACUCCCUUCCUGCUUGCACAUCUUUCAGCCAAUCGCAACGUUGCUCUCCAAACAUCUUCCAAUCAAAACAUACCCUGCAGCCUUACAGGAGGUUCAUGGGGAAAUCCUUGCAGCCCUAUCUGGCUGUCUUACGCCACGUCCUCCCCUGGUGUUUGAGAAAAAGAAGCCAAUUCCCCUCAAACUUUUCACACCAAGGAUUGUACAAGUGCUGGACUACGGGAAGAAGAGAGGGAACACCAAGGAGGAGCGGGAGAAGGAGAGGUUGAAACACAAGUAUAAGAAAGAGUUUAAAGGAGCUCUUAGAGAGAUCAGGAAGGACAGCCGUUUCCUGGGCCGAGAGAAACUGAAUGAGGUCAUGGCCAGGGAUGCAGAGAGGAAGAGGAAGGUGAAGGAGCUGUAUGGCAGUCUGGCCACCCAGGAGGGAGAGUGGAAGGCUCUCAAGAGAAGGAAGAACAGUCGUCGCUGACUUUUUCAGAACAACUUUGUAUUUUCACGUUUUCAGGAUUGUUGAAUAAAACUGUGCACAAAUUA